ACUGUCAACAGUGUCAACUUUGAAGGUUAUGCCGAUUUUCCAAUGAAAGUUUAUUUUACAACGUAAAUAAACUUUAAUUACCUAUUUACAUAACAGUUUAGUACCUGAUAGUCAGUUUUCUCUAAUAAGAAUGUGGCCAAUUCUGAUGCAGUUUCUGCGGAGCAACGCUCCCUAUUUGACACUUCCCUUUGCGGCCGUCAUAGGCGUUAUAGGGUACAACUUAGAGGGAUACUUCUCUGACAGAUACACUCCUUAUAACAAAGCGAUAGAAGACCAGAGACUAGACAGAUUGGAAGACAAGCUACUCACAGACCCCACGAAUGUCGAGAAGUUGAAGUAUAAAGAAAACGUUUUAGGCAAAAAUGUGUCGCCGUCGCUGCAAAAAUAAAUAGAACAAUUAUGUCUUACGUAAUGUAUCAAGAAUUAAUUGAGCGGUUGUUAUAUGCAAUAGACGCUGCGUCCAACGCAUGCGAUCAACGGAACUCAGUGAAAAUGAUAGUGCAGUAGAGUAGCUAACAAACGAUCGCACCAUACCAAGACCUUGGAUUUUUUUUACGUAUGUGAGAGUCGAGAAAAAUAACUCUUUCUCGCUCCCUCUUACAGGUCUAUGCUACUUUAAGCGCACAGUCAUUUUUCAUACAUUCCUUGAACGCAUGCGUUCAAUAUAUGUAGACUUAUAAUUACCUACUACAUAUAGAUAGUUUAAUCCUUUUCAAGAAUACCUAAAGACAUCGGUUACUAAUUGUACCUAUUGCGCCAAUUGCGCCAUACACAAUGAAUAGUUAUGAUACAAGUGCGAAAUAUAAAAUCGCAACCGUGGCAUUAUUUGAAAACACGACUGGAAAGCUUUGAAUUGACACAAUUUCGAACGUGUAUCGAUACAUAUGGCCAUUUAAAUUUUAGACGUUACGUAAUGCGCUUAUGACUAUAACUUUUACUAUGAGGUCAACACCAAAAUCGAGAAAAAAUAAUACUCCCACGGAAUAUCUCAAGAACAUAGUAUACAUUUAUUGCGAUUUUAGAGUAGUCCCGUACUAUAAGUUGCUCAGAGGCGGUUGUAUCUACAUAUAUUAGUUUAGAUAUUAUAAAUACUUAAAUGAAUUUAAUUGUAAAUAAAUAGUAGUUGGACAGCCGUUAAUAUUGUAAUAAACGUUUUGUUUUAAA